UCGGUUAGUUAAUCAAUUAUAAGGAUUGUAGAAUAAUAUUCAAUGGCUAUAGUGUGGAAUUUAUAAUAACUUGACAAAAUAGAAUUGACUGUUACUGCAUGUACUCGUUUUGAUUGUUUGUCAUUGAGACGUAUGAUCUAGGCAAAUAUGAAGUUUAAGAAGACGUUGUCAGAACUCAAACCAAUCAAAGUGCAGAGACCAUGGCAUAGAAUUGGGAUUGACCUUGUUGGUCCACUGCCUGUUACUACUUUUGGUCACAAGUAUAUUAUGACGUGCAUUGACUACUACAUUGAAUGGGCAGAGGCUGGUGCUCUGUGUACUAAAUCUUCUUCUGGAGUAGCUCAAUUUCUUACUACAUUGUUCUGUCGGCACGGACUGCCUGUUCACAAAAUGUCGAGAUCUGACCAAGGAAGAGAGUUUGUAAACAGUCUGAAUGGAGAGUUGUUCAAGCUGACUCGAGUAAAUCACAUUAUAUCUACAGCCUAUCAUCCACAAACAAAUGGCCUUGUUGAAAUGUUCAAUGAAACCCUUCAGAGGUCAUUUCUGAAAUUGUUAGAGAGAAUCAAGGCGACUGGUGCAAGUAUUUGGAACAAGUUGUUUUUGCCUACAGUACGAGUAAACAAGCCUCAACUAUGUACUCUCCAUUCUUUUUGUUCUAUGGUCGAGAGCCAAGACUUCCAGUUGAAGUACUUACAGAGACAAAAGAUUAAAAUGGUUCUCGAAUGGAGUCAUCUUGGACCUGUUGGACCAAGAACGAUUGCAGUGCUGCUUGGCCUCCCCUACAGUGUUCUUGGAGAUGGCAAUUGUCAGUUUAGGGCUGUUGCACACCAAAUCUAUGGCAGUGAGACUUACCAUGUCUUUGUCAGAAGACAAGCAGUUGAAUUUAUAUCAAAGUGUCACAGCAGUAUUGGGCAUCUGUUGAGGGACAAAAGUGGCAAGAGAAACAUCUCAAGUUUGGAGGGAGACGACGAUUACUUUCUGUAAUAAACAUAUUGGUUGGCUGAUGACUCCGCGUGUCAACUCCAACAAGCUCAGUCCUCAACGAAAUUCGGUGUCCACGAAUACAAAUCUUGUUAUUAGCAUGCAUCUUCUUAGUUACGACCACAAACAUGUAUCUAUAUAUCUAUACAUACAGGUUUUUCAAGUUAUGAAUAUUUAUCUAUACGCGUAUAUCACAAUAGUUACAUUUCGGAGUGCUUUGACGGUAUAGCUCCAGAAAUACGCACGUAAUCUGAUUGCAAAUAAAGAAACUGUACAGUGCAGUGUAUAGUUUACUAUUACUAGUAACAUAGAGAUGUAUAGAGAGAGAAUAGACUCUAGUUAUCUAAUUAUACAAAGACUAUUUGUGUCUGAAGAAGCAGUAAACGCUGGACACAGUCAUGCAUGUUCGCGGGGUGCCAGGCUACUCUCUGGGUUCACA